AUGCCUUCUAUCGGGUCUCGUACACAGCCUGGUACUCAGUGGCGUGCAUGGACAUAUGGCCUUUCAGAUUCGUCUACACCUGCACCUGCACCUUCGUCCAAUAAAAAGCAAUAUGUCUCAGUCGGUGUCGAGACUGAGGGACAGUCGCACAUUCGGCGAACCCACGCAGAGAAGCUAGACGAGUGCAUUGAUGCCAUUCGCGAACAUAGUGGGAGUCAGUGGACCAUAGGCGAUUUCAUGUAUCACCUCUACUACCCACCCAAACGCGAUGAGACUGCGCGAUCGCGCAAACACGCUGCAGCCGUGAGUGCCUUCCUUGGUGGAAGGACAAAGCACGGUAUCGCCCAGAUCCUCGACUUCUGGUACCGGAGUGCCGACGGACGUGGGGACGAUCUUGACGACAGGUUCAAGGUGUACCAGUCCUACGAAGAGUGUCUUGAGGCUAUCCAUGCCAAGCCAUCGCGUGCCGCAAUAACGUCGUUCGCAGCUCAGAUCGUUAUUGGCGAACUGAAGAGGCAAAGGAACCACGCGAUGAAGCCCGAGACCGGAUUGCGCCUUAUCACUCGACGGAAGCGUGUGGUAGAUGGAAAGGAGGUUCUGGAGGGUGUGGUGACAUGGGACGAUCUUGGGACAUCCUUGACGAACACCGUCGCUGAGCGCAUCCGGAAAUCCCAGCCACUGCUUUGGACUUUGGUCUACACUCUGGCAACACCUAGGUCACGCAAAGGUCAAGUCGUUGCCACCCGCCGAUAUAGGCCACCACACAUCACAACAACUACAGCUAUCUCGACGAUCUUGAUCUCGCAUCGCACGACCGCAAAUCUCCUACCAGCUGCUCGCUCACUCUUGUGGUUUGCAGCGAACGCACAGCAGAAGCUCUUCCGAUACGGAUCACGGGAAGGGCUAUCCGUCGGUAUGAGCACAAUAUACCAGUUUCUACGAGCAUUGGGCGUCGAGGAGGCUAAGGAACGAGAGAAGGCCGGGCGAGCAUCAUCGAAUGCACUCAAAUUCUUCAACGACAAUGUACAGCUCAUGUGGAGAAGACGCGAAUUGCGUAUGGGCCGCGAGGACGUCGCCAAUAUUGGAAUUGCAGGCACAGCUGUUGAUCUGUAUGAGUUCGAUGCCACUGCACUCGACCUCGACCUGAAACGCGCUGCGAUACUUGCUCCACCCCUUCGAAAGGACCUCACCACACGCCACUUCCUCGGCAAUCUUGAUCACGACCAUCUGCUUAAUGUGUGCAUCUUCUGGUGGUUGCAGGUUCUCGUGAGCUACGUUCCCCAGUACAGAAAGUAUCAGCCACACCUGGACGAUUUACGGCUGAAGUCCCCGAUGGAGAUCAAGGGUGGCAUCGCUGUGCUACGGCUUCAACCACGUACAACAAGGAUCCGCCCCUGUUCGACGGUUGGAAAGGACGAGACUGUCACGUCGGAGUUCAAAGAUGCCAACGUCGAUUUCUACGCGCAGAUGGGUCAGCAUAGAGGAAACUAUACUCGUCGCCUCAUGCUUUCCGGUGGUGAUGGACUCACCUACGACAAGUUCCUGCAGCUGAAGAUGUACCUGCAGAUGCAUCCGGAUGAACUCGAAAGCUUCGAGAUCAUGCAGCCUACACUGGAGAUGUUUCACCUGCAGACGACAGACGUCAAUCGGGUGUACGACGUGCACUGGGGAGAGGGUCUUACCGAGCCAGAUCCUUCGAAGAUCGGGCACAGUGCGGCGAAGAUUACUCGCAAGCCACCGUUUGAGCGCACCGGCAAGACGGACUACUAUCCUGCACGCGACCUCUUGGACCUCAUAUCUGCGACUCGCAUGCUCGAUUGCUGGCGCAUUAUAUUUGGCACCCCAGAUGACCUUUGGGUCCACGUCGAAGAGUUGGAGAGGAGUGCUUGCUUGUUAUCGUUCGAAGAUCUCUACAACCUCGCACACACCUUGCAUCUCAGAUACUCGUCACAUCGCGCAUUCACUCGGGCGUCGCGUGGGGACUUCGGUACGAACACGGACUUGCAUGUCGCAGUGGGUGAGCUACCUACAGGGGUUAACGCGCCCCGCGGGCUCCAUAGCUGGCGGACAAGCCUGAGUGCAUCGACAACAUACCGAGGCGAUCGAGUGCUCGCACAUGCUGGCCGCCUGAUCCUCGAUGGCAUCAUGUCACGCGAAAUGGCUAUGGCAACGGCAUAUGGCGAUCCCGGAAGGCUGUACGAGAUGGUCAAGUUCAAACACGUUGAAUUCGGCGGAUCGACGCAUAAGAACUACUUCCGAUAUGGCAGCGAGUUCAUCAGUGACAUCGAGUACGAUUCACAUCCUCCCCUGCAGAAGACGAUCAAGCAGAACAUGCUUGUGAAUCCCAAGGGGAAAGAGGAUACACACAUCGAAUGCGACCUCUUGCAAGAGCACCUUAAUGACGACUACCAGACGAUCUUGAAGCGCGGCAAUAACGAGUGGGAUAACAACUUCGCGCGCAACGUCGUCGCCCCAAAUAUUGUCCGUCUUGCUGAUACGAAGAAGACAUACGGCGAAGCUCUAGAACUGAAGACGGUCAGCGGAAAACAUCCCAGUCCACAUACGCGGCCUGAGGUCGGCACGCUCAUGGUCGCUUAUCGCGAAUCGAACUUGCACUUGUAUGUGCCGGGUCGCACAUACCAGAACCCAGACACGGAGGACCGGGUGGACUGUUUUGGCCUUGGGCAGAAACAUAUGCUAGGUGGCGCGAUUGAGCGGUGGGCGGAGAGUACGUCGCGAGGGCGUGGACUGCGAGACAAACAAUGCCGGGAUGAGCAGGAGCAUUGGGCACGACGAGCUGAAGAAGAUUUGCCGAAUCAAUCUACCACAGAUUCGACACCACCUGUUAUCAACGACGAUGUACUAGACGGUGAGCCGGAGCGAGCAUCCUCACUGGGCCCGAAUCGGGUCUUACAUGUCAACGAGAACGAAACUCAUCACAACGAGAAGAAUGCGGAACUUGGUGAUUAUAGUAGUAGUUCGGAAGAGGACAGUAAUAGUGAGGAGAGUGAUCAGGAAAAGGAGUACCAGUAG